UGGGUGGCAACCUGUGUGUGUUUUCAUUCUCGACCACCAGACGUGAAAUCUGCGUGGAAAAAUAUAAAAAACAAUUAUAAAUUAACUUUCCUUAGUGUAUCAAGCGGCGCUACAAUAUGGCUGCCAUAGUACUAACUAGAAAUAUGCAGCUAGCAAAGCAUCAUGGCAGCGGUGUCGUGGGAGUGCUGUGCAUGCGCGGCUAUGCAGCUGCUCCACCAGAUGCACAGGACGCUCCACGUCCGCUGAAGACAACGAAUCUGUCGGCAAUGAAACGCGGCACAGGCGGACGCAGCAGUUUCAACGGGAUUGUGGCAACCGUGUUCGGUGCCAGCGGCUUCUUGGGACGCUAUGUGUGCAAUAAGCUGGGCAAGCAGGGCACCCAACUGAUAUUGCCAUAUCGUGGUGAUGACUCUGACGUGAUUCGUCUAAAGGUUUGCGGUGAUUUGGGACAAGUGCUGUUCCAUUUCUACAAUCUGGAGGAUCCCCGUUCCAUUCGGGAUGCCGUCAAGCACUCAAAUGUCGUCAUCAAUCUGGUGGGACGUGACUACGAGACGAAGAACUUUAAAUUCAAGGAUGUGCAUGUGAAUGGCGCUGCGCGUCUGGCCAGCAUUUGCCGUGAUGUUGGCGUGGAGCGUUUCAUCCACGUUUCCUCUUUGAAUGUCGAGGCCAAUCCAAAGCCGGUGUACGUCUCCGGUGGCAGUCCAUGGCUAAAGAGCAAAUAUGAAGGUGAAUUACAGGUGCGUGAUGCCUUCCCCAAUGCCACAAUCAUUCGCCCAGCGGAUAUCUAUGGCUCGGAGGAUCGCUUCCUGCGCUACUAUGCACACAUCUGGCGUCGUCAGUUCCGUUCCAUGCCACUGUGGCGCAAGGGCGAGUGUACGGUAAAGCAGCCCGUAUUUGUUUCGGACGUGGCACAGGCUAUUGUCAAUGCUGCCAAGGAUCCGGAUAGCGCCGGUCGCAUCUACCAAGCUGUGGGCCCCAAACGUUACCAGCUGAGUGAAUUGGUUGAUUGGUUCCAUCGCCUGAUGCGCAAGGAUCAAAAACGAUGGGGUUAUCAGCGCUACGAUUUGCGUUACGAUCCCACCUUCAUGUGGAAGGUCAAGUUCACCAAUUUGAUUUGUCCUGGAGCACCCAUUGCCGGUCUGUCUGUGGAUCGCGUUGAGCGGGAGUACAUCACCGAUAAGGUGCUGCCUGGAGUGCCCACGCUGGAAGAUCUGGGCGUUCAGCUGACGAAUAUGGAGGAUCAGGUGCCAUGGGAGCUGCGUCCCUAUCGUGCUGCUCUGUACUAUGAUGCUGAAUUAGGUGAAUUCGAGGCAGCGUCGCCACCAAAAACAAUUGAAUCGCGCGAUGAGUUGCGUUUGUUUGCCUGAACGUUGUUUAUGGGAAAUUCUUAGUGCGUUUAUCACUUUAAAUAAAAUGUCUGAUAAUAAAAAGAAAAAAA